GAAAAAGUGUUUUACUACGUUAUUUGUGGAAAAUACUUGUAAUAGUUACGUAUGCAUGACAACAUCUCAGCGUGAUGCGGAGAAUGCAAGUGCAUGCCACAUGAAAACCGCUUGCGAACAUAUCUGACAGACGUCCACAUGACAACUCCUUCCACCUCGCCGCGGGCUGAAGGCCCACCCGACAGCAAAAUGGCUUCAGGCUGCAAUUACAGAGGCAGGCGCCACGUGCCCGCUGAAGGCAGCGUGAUGUGGCAUACGGGCAUCAAUGACUUACCAGACGAACUGCUGCUAAUGAUCUUGUCCCACGUGGCUUUCACCGAUCUACUGGAUGUGGUACCGAACGUGUGCCGUCGUUGGAAAAAGCUGUCUCAAGAUUCCAAGUUGUGGGCUGACAGGGAAUGCAAUAUUGGGGCCCUGUGGCAGUGCUACCUGGAUGACCGUAAGGGUGGUGGGAACGAGCAGGAAGCAAUAGAGAUCUUCCGAAACAUCCCGAACCUGUGUAUAGUGCGCAUGUGGUUCAAUGUCAACCCCCUCAUCAUCCAGGAGCUCUGCGAUCACUGCCCGAGGCUCGCGGAGUUGCACCUCCAUCCCAGUCAGAAGCUCACCUACUCGGUACUGAAGACCUUGGUGGAGAAGUGCACCAGAAUACACACACUGACGGCUCCCUACAAACUGCUGAAGUCUGAAAGGUGCUCGGAGGCCCUGUCGCAGCUGCACAACCUCCGUGUGCUGAAUCUGGAACCGGAAUACAAGGAAUUCGAUCGUAGCUCUACCCAGGAACCUUGUUUGGUGCGACCUCUGGUCAACGGAUGCCCGCAACUAGCCGAGGUCGACUUUGGGUUUACGUAUAUCAAUAUGGAAGACCUGAGGUACUUUCUGAGAGCCAAGAGGAACACCCUCAGGUCGAUACGCAUAAAGUGGGCGAUGGGUGGGACGAGCUGUGUCCCACCGUUGCUGGAGGCCUGCACCGAGUUGGAACGUCUGGAACUCUGCGAGGAUGACGACUUUGAGAUGGUCCACAGUAUACCGAGAGAGGCGUUCACUGCCCUGGGAAAGCUGAAGAACUUGCAGGAACUCAGGAUAUCGAUCCCUAUUUGACUACCGCCUGGAGUUGCUCCUCUGGCAUUUAAGGGUCGAGGGCUGAAAAGAUUGAGAAAGCUGGACAUAUGGUGUGGACCUGGCUUGGACAAUGAGACAAUAAUUGCCAUCAGCCGUGGGCUCCCUGCU